CUGUCACCAUGACAGUCGUUUGUUUACCCCGUGAGCUGGUGCCGGAAAACUGAAAUAAAACUGUCUGGCUGUUAAUCAUCAUGUGUUGAAUAUUAAAAUAGGUUUCCUUUUUUCAGUUUUUCACUUGAUAAAACACUUUUAGUCGUAUAGCCGCAGCACUAGCUUCCAUGUCCUAGCACAGCCGUACUGAAAUGUGUUAUCCAAGUUUCCUGUAAUGCGCGUGUGUGUGUAUCAAAACAUCAACAGCACUCGUCAUCGCCUCCGCCGCACGAGUGCGUAGACAAUUUAAUUAAGAUUGCAUCCAGUGGGGCUCAGCGAAGUGUGCCCGAGCCGUCGACUCGCGUUAAUUAGAUUUAUAAGAUACGUUCCAUAAUUGGCCACCGUAAUUAUGUAAGCGCCCCUGAUACGACUGUAGCCGGUCGUCUUGCGAGCCGCCGUCGUCAUCGAACGACAACAACAAAAACACAACUUUGCACCAUCUACUACGUUCAGUAUGCUGCCCAGGAUCUGUGUAAAGCUCAAGCUGAAGUAUGUCCUGGCAACUUUGCUCGGUCUGUACACGCUACAGUUCUUCGGUGCCUUUACACACUUUUUCGAGAAGGAUUUUGAAUCGACGUUCGAUUACCCGCUGAACGGUGACAUCCUGUCCGAUGUGUACCAACUGCGCCAUGGGCAGCAACCGGCUCGGCAACCGAUCAACCGGUACAACUAUUCCUACAUCACGGACUGCGAGCACAAGUGCAAGGAGGACGAUCGUCUAAUUGCACCCCGGCUGGUAUUCAUUGUGAAAUCCGCCAUGGAGCACUUCGAUCGGCGGGCCACGAUCCGCAAAACGUGGGGCUACGAGCGACGGUUUUCGGACGUCAAAAUACGUACCGUGUUUGUGCUGGGCCGCUCGCGCAUCGUUCCAAAUCGACGUUUACAGUCGCUGGUGGAUCUGGAGUACAGUACGUACCGGGACAUCAUACAGGCGGACUUUGUGGACGAUUACUUUAACAACACGAUCAAAACGAUGAUGGGUUUCCGGUGGGCCGUCAGUUACUGUCCACGGGCCAAGUUUUACAUGUUUGCAGACGAUGAUUUCUACGUGUCGGCGAAGAACUUGCUCCGGUACGUACGGAACCCGGUCAACUAUCCGGAAUAUCUGGAAGAAACGGACGAGGCACUGCGAAAGCUAGCCCGCCGAUUAGCUCACACGACGGACAAUAAUGGCGAGAAUCGUACGGGUACGGGAAAGGAGAUGGUGGCGAGCACGAAUCUAACACGUACCAAACGACAGCUAAUGACGGAGAUGGAACUUCCACCAAACGUGAAACUAUUUUCCGGGUUCGUGUUUCGGUCGGCACCGCACCGUCAUCGGAGUAGCAAGUGGUACGUUUCACUCGACGAGUAUCCGUGGGAUAUGUGGCCAACAUAUGUCACUGCCGGUGCAUUCUUACUCUCCCACGAGGCACUGUUCGAGAUGUACUACGUCAGCAUGUACACGAAACAUUUUCGUUUCGAUGAUAUCUUUUUAGGAAUUGUUGCAAUGAAGGCGGGAAUUGAACCACUCCAUUCGGAGGAAUUUUACUUCCACAAGGCGCCCUAUCUUGGGCCGCAAAGCUACAAGUACGUACUGGCGACGCAUGGGUACGAUGAACCGGCCGAACUGACCAAAGUGUGGAACGAAAUACGAGCUUCCGGUUAUGCGUAGAACCGACCGACGAAACAUAACACAGAGAGAAACGGGGCAUUAAGUUUAGCGAAAAAGUAAAAGACCAUGCACUCGAAAUGAAAGCGAUCGCACCCACUCACCAAUAGCGAGUUAAUUCAACUAAACGAUACGUACGCCGUGCGGGGAACCGUUACCAGUUAUCUUUCCUAGUGUGUAGGUUAGUGGUUUUUCACCUUUAUCACCCUUCCCACCUAUUACGAACAAAAGGGGACUCAACGGAGCGACGGAAUGAGGUAGAACUCUUUUUUCCCUGAUCGUACAUUUAACCUACCUUUCGAACAAAACGUGCUAAAAGUCAGUUAGCAGUAACACGUGGUGAAGAACAAUUUUUGAAACCGUAAUCCACCGUAGGGAUUUGAAAUCAUUAUUGAUAUACCAUGGUAGACCAUUUAUAGAGACCAUUUGUUUCGUUAGCGCGUUCAUGCCCCGCGGUCACAGGGUAUUUCUUCGAGAGUGGUUAGACAACGAAAACUAGUAACUUUAGAACCGUCGGACGUGCCAUCCCACGUGGACGAUGAUGAGGAUAGGCAGCUGUAAGAACUGCGUUGGUGGAUAGCCGAACGGUUACGUUUUUUUAACGGUAGCGGCAGUGGUGUUUUUUGCUCGUAUUUAUCUUUCUCUCUAUACCCAACAAUUGUGAUAGCAUCCAAUGAAGAGAACAUAAUAAAACAAAACUUAAGUCUUGGAUUCAACUAAA